AUGACUUUCAAACUACCACCUCUUCCUUACGGACUCAAAGACUUAGUUCCUCAUCUUAGUGAAGAGACUUUGACUUACCAUUAUACUAAGCAUCACGCCGGCUACGUUAACAAAUUGAACGGCCUGGUUAAGGGAACCAACUUGGAAUCCAAGAGUUUAGAAGAUUUGCUAAAAACGGAGUCUGGAGCAGUUUUUAACAAUGCAGCCCAGAUUUGGAAUCACACCUUCUACUGGCACUCUAUGUCUCCAAACGGCGGCGGAGAACCAAAGGGGAACGUAAGAAAAUUACUAGAAGAGAAGUUCGGUUCCUUUGACAAUUUCAAGAAGGAGUUUUCAAACGUUCUUACCGGUCACUUCGGCUCCGGUUGGGGCUGGCUGGUCCUUAAGUCCGACGGAACUCCAGAAGUCGUUCAAACUCAUGAUGCUGGAAAUCCCUUGAGGGAGAACUCUGGAACUCCUCUUCUGGCUUGCGAUGUGUGGGAGCAUGCUUAUUACGUUGACUACAGGAACGACCGUGCAGCAUACGUCAAUGGUAUGUUAUAUUUAAUUACACAUUCAACUUUAGCCUGGUGGAAUCUCGUCAAUUGGGACUUCGCAAACUCCAAUCUGGAAGCACCAUUCAAACAUUCAUAA